AUGGCUGUCAGUACUGGAGCUGCUACAGUCAUUAAUUUUGCUGCCAACAAUCAAUUACUGCUGAUUGCUGCUGUACUGCUGCUGGUUUUUGCGGCUACUAUAUAUUCAUUUUUCUCUGGUGGACAGAAAGGUAGAAACCCUCUACAGUAUGACCACAGGAGAGCUCUGGAACCGUUUGUUCAUGACACCAAACUUCGGGAUGUUGUACUCAAGGAGAGAUUCAAACCCACGAAAGUGCCCGACAACCUUGACGCUAUUAUCAUCGGCAGCGGGGCUGGAGGACUUUCGGCGGGAGUCCUGCUGACAUUUGCUGGCCUGAAAGUCCUGGUCCUGGAGCAGCACGACCAGGCUGGUGGAUGUUGUCACUCAUUUGUGGAGAAAGGGUUCGAGUUCGAUACCGGAAUCCAUUAUGUCGGAGACUUAGAAGAAGGAUCUGUCCCUCGUGUUCUCUUGGACCAACUGACCUGUGGUCAGCUGAGAUGGGCCAAACUUGAUGACGUCUUUGACACAGUGGCCGUGGGAGAACCAUCCAAAGCCCGGUUGUUUCCCAUGAGAGCAGGCAAAUACUUCCAAAACCUCAUCAACUUAUUCCCUGAAGAGAAGGAAGCCAUUCUGGCUUACGAGAGACUAAUUAAGGAUGCCGGAAACUCUUACAUCGGAAUUAUCGCUUUUAAAGUCCUCCCUGCCAGGAUGGCUAGCUUCCUCAUCAACUCCGGCCUGUACCGUCUAGUGUUCAAGUGUUACCGGAAGGGGUACGCCAGCACAAGUCUGCAGCAGGUCCUGGAUGAACUCACAGACAACAAACAGCUCAAGCUGGUCCUGUCUUACAUCUGUGGCGAUUACGGUGUUCUCCCAAAAGAUGCUCCGUUCUUCAUGCACGCCCUUCUGGUAAAGCACUACAGCAAUGGAGCCUUCUAUCCAGCCAACGGAACCUCGGAGAUCGCCUUUCACAUGAGCCAGGCUAUACAGAGGGGAGGCGGCAAAGUUCUUGUCCAGGCACCGGUAACCAAGAUCGUGUGUGAUUCCAGUGGUAGAGCAGUAGGAGUCCGGGUCGGUGACAGUGAGAUACAAGCGAAGCACAUCAUUUCUGACGCCGGAGUGGCCAACACGUUCAAGAAAUUACUUCCGGAAAAUGUGGCCAAACAAUCUAACAUCUAUCCGCUGAUUGAGAAAGUCGGUCCCAGCCACGCAUUUAUUACAACCUUCAUUGGGAUCGAGGGCAGCUCCCGUGACCUACAACUUCCUGCUACCAACGUCUGGUUGUACAAUGCAGAAGACAUCAACAAGUCAGUGACCGCCUACAUGAAUGUCAAGGCUGACGAGGUCGACCAAAUUGAGAUCCCUUUCUCGUUUAUUUCAUUCCCGUCUGCCAAAGAUCCGGAGUAUGAGACCAAGUUUCCUG